ACAUGUUGCAACACUGAGGCUGGCGCGGCAACAUGUUGCAACACUGAGGCUGGCGCGGCAACAUGUUGCAACACUGAGGCUGGCGCGGCAACAUGUUGCAACACUGAGGCUGGCGCGGCAACAUGUUGCAACACUGAGGCUGGCGCGGCAACAUGUUGCAACACUGAGGCUGGCGCGGCAACAUGUUGCAACACUGAGGCUGGCGCGGCAACAUGUUGCAACACUGAGGCUGGCGCGGCAACAUGUUGCAACACUGAGGCUGGCGCGGCAACAUGUUGCAACACUGAGGCUGGCGCGGCAACAUGUUGCAACACUGAGGCUGGCGCGGCAACAUGUUGC